AUGUAUGCACGGCUCGUUGUACUCGCCUUUAUCCUAAAAGAUGCGCAAUGGAUCAGUGCAGAGACUGGGCCGACCGAGUGCACAUACAGUGAUGACGUCUACACAUGUGACUACGCUUCUAUGACGUCAUCAGAUCGACCAAUAGAAUACAACGAUUUCACAACUGUACCGCAGCGGCUUACACUCACCUUAAAUGGUUUAUUGCCAUAUAUUGGUGAUGGACGUGUUUUUAGCACGGGUUUUGACACGAUCCCUGAGAAUCAGUUUGACUCAAACCACCCAGCCGCCUUGACAAUAGACUGUGGGUGGGCUGGCUCCGCAUACAUAGACCGUGGAUCGUUCUAUCACAUGGAAUAUGUCCAGUGGUUUAAGGUUCGAAACUGCGAUGUGCUGUACAUCGGGACCGAUACCAUCGACAUCUUUACACAGCUGGACUAUUUUUCGUUCGAGGGUGGAAGUAUUGACUUCAUUGAUGUGGGCGUCUUAUACAAUCUCAGUGUUGAGAGGCUUACAUCCGGUUUACAUCAGUUUCCUCGGACCCAGGGUCGGUUUGAGGUUUUAUACUCACAGUUUGUUGACGGAACAGUGACAACGGGCCUCCUGUAUUUCUUCAAAAACCUCACCUCAGUAGCGCUAAGGGGAGCGAACAUUUCAUCCUUGACAACAGACACGUUUGCGUACAAUUUACAACUGACCAGUAUUGACCUCAGCGAUAACACGUUCACCGAGUUGCCGGGAGAAAUAUUCAAGGGACUUGACAAACUCGCUGAAGUAACUCUAUUUAACAUUGAUUGGUACUGCUCCUGUGACCAGCUUGUUUGGCUUGAGGACGCCUUGGAUGAUAACAUUACAAUCCACGGGGAUCUAAUGUGUGUUGAUCAAACAGAACAAUCCGUUUUAAAGUUUUACUACACCAACUGUGUUGAAACCGCUGUCUGCAAUGGAAAGUCAGGUUUUGCCAUUGGCUCCUAUUGUCAAUCUAUCUUGGGUGUUUUCAUGAUUGGGGUUGCUUUCCUGACAUUACUUCUGAUCGGAUUGUCAACGUUGGUCGCCUUUCUGAAUAGGCAAAUGAUUCCGCGGGCGCAAUAUGAGAUGGGAAUCAAAUUGCGAAAGCGCGCAAGAAAAGCAAGAGAGCAAUGGAGAGAUGCCAAAAGAAUGGUCCUUAAGAAAAUAAGGGCUGAUAGAGGGUUACCUACCUUUCCAAUAUCAGAUGAGAUACCCUACCUCGAAGACAAUAGCUUCUCGCCUGAACAAUUCCAAUACAACAAUGCGUAUGAACAUUACAAUGAUAAUGAGAUCUCAUCGCCGAGUCCACAGUUUUACCAUGUUCAGGAAUAUCAGAGUCCAGGGUCAACACAGUCUUAUAAUUAUUAA